AUGCACUCCAGGUCUGGCAAGACAGCGGCCUUUUUGCUGCCUCUUUUGGAGCGGCUUCUGCAGAGCCCGGGGGUGAAGGUUCGAAAGAGUACUCACCUGGAGCUGCUGGAGGUGAUCGUGUUGGAUGAGGCGGACCGUCUGCUGGAGUUGGGUUUCAGAGAUCAGAUACUGCAAGUGCUGCGGCACUGCCACCGCGGGCGGCAGACUCUGCUCUUCUCCGCGACGAUGUCUCCGGCUAUCUCUUCUUUGGCUCUUCUGGCGCUGCAGUCUCCGCUGCACAUCAGCUGCGAGCCCCGCAGCAGCAGCAGCAGCAGCAGCAGCAGCAAGAAGCAGCAGCAGCAGCUGCCAGAAAACCUGCAGCAGCAGUUUGUUGAGCUGCAUGGAGAGCAGCAGCGAAUGCCGGCACUCGUACACCUCGUCAGGACUUCCUUUCAACGCAGAGUCAUCGUCUUCUUCGGGACAAAGAAAGCAGCUCACGAGGCCUUUCUGCUGUUUUCUUUGUUGGGUAUUUCUGCUGCUGAGCUACACGGAGACCUCACACAACAAAUGAGGACAGAGUCCCUAGCCAGGUAA